AUCGGGUUGACAAAUGACCGGCCAGCCGCUCUGGUGAAAAGUGCGCAAAGUACAAUCAUUCCGCCGGAGAGGCGCAACUUUCCUCGCUGCGUCCUCGCUCUCACCAUGACUCGGGAUACAGGUUUUUUAGUAUUAUUUUUGAGCGCGGAUCAAGCUUGAAGAGAGACAGGAGACGAAGAGAGAGUAUCAGCUAAUUGGGAUGAGAGUUCAAGUCAAGUGAGCCGGCAGAUUGGACCCGUAAAGCCUCUUAACGCAGGUGGUGGGAGGAAUACAGCGCGAGGAGAGUGUGUUUAUGUGAAGUGUGCGUUUUUUUGUGUGCGUGUGUGUCAUUCCCCAGUGGAAAUCUACCCCCCGGUCACAGCAGCAGCAGCAAAGGGAGGGGGAUCAGGUGUGCGUGUGGGUGGGCUGGUUUGAGGAUAAAUCCACAGAGGUAGUUAUGGUUACUCCGAAGUGGACGCGAUGAAGUGGCUUUGCGGGAGUUUUUAAGGUUUAAGACCGGAGAGGAGGAGAGCUGGGCGGACGGAGGACGCAGGAAGGGAGGAGGAGAAGGAGGAGAAGGGGGGCACCGCCACCGCCAGAGCGCACAACACGGUCCCCGAUGCCCCUUGACGCGGGGAUGGAGAGCACGAGAGCGCACAGGAUAACGCCGCUCAGUCCCAGAAGCGGAGGCGGAAAGAUCAACGGGAAGCCAGACAUGAGGGCUGAGCGACACCGCGGACACCUCCACCUGCAGCGAACUGUGAUUUUUCUCGUGGCGCUCACGAUACAACCGCAGGCUGUCAGUGCAGUCGGGAUGUUUGAGCUUCAAAUCCGUCACUUCCAUAACCCGCACGGACUCCUGCAGAACGGAGACUGCUGCGACCUCCAGACCAGCGGAGGACAGCGUUGCUCUGCCAGGGACCAGUGCGACACUUUCUUCCAAGCCUGCCUCAAGGAGUACCAGGCCCGGGUCGUCCCAACCGGAUCCUGCACCUUUGGGUCGGGCAGCACGGGGAUCCUGGGUGGAAACUCCCAGUCGCUCCGCCACCGAGGACACGAUGGAGGAGGUGGAGGAGGAGGAGGAGGAGGAGGAGAGGAUGGGAUUAACGGACACAUCGUCAUUCCCUUCAUAUACGCCUGGCCGAAGUCCUUCUCUCUGGUGUUGGAGGCUCUGGACCAUGACAAUGACACAUCUGAAUCAGGUCAGUUGAUAGAGCGAGUCCUCUUAUCCUCCAUGUUGAAUCCUGGUGAACAGUGGCAGACGUAUCGUCACCACGGUCGGACUCUCAGUCUGGAGUAUCGACUCCGCUUCCGCUGUGACUCCAACUACUACGGACCUUUCUGCAACAAGUUCUGCCGGGCCCGCGAUGACUUCUUCGGUCACUUCAGCUGUGAUCCCAGCGGCUCCAAGGUCUGCAUGGAUGGAUGGACGGGACCAGAGUGUAAAGAAGCGGUGUGCAGGCAGGGUUGUCAUCAGACCCACGGCUCUUGUACUGUGCCCGGAGAAUGCAAGUGUCAUUAUGGCUGGAAGGGUCCUCUGUGCGACCAGUGCGUGACGUUUCCCGGCUGUGUGUACGGCAGCUGCACCGAGCCGUGGCAGUGUGUCUGCGACGUCAACUGGGGAGGACUGCUGUGCGACAAAGAUCUGAACUACUGUGGCACCCACCAGCCCUGCAAGAACGGAGGGACCUGCACUAACACAGAACCAAACGAGUAUCAGUGCGAGUGCCAGGAAGGUUUCAGAGGACGCAACUGUGACAUUGUGGAACAUGCGUGUCUGUCGUCCCCGUGUACGAACGGAGCCACAUGUGUUGAAGACCCAACUGGCUUCAGCUGCGUCUGUACCGAAGGCUGGACUGGACACACCUGUGCAGACGUGGUGAGGCAGUGUGAUCGCAGCCCUUGUGGCCGAGGAGCAACGUGUCAGGAGGCUCCUGGAGGUUUUCGAUGCCUUUGUCCGCCUGGAUGGACCGGCAGGACGUGCCAGCUGGACACCAACGAGUGUGAAAUGAGUAUCUGCGUCCACGCCCGCUCUUGUCGCAACCUGAUCGGUGGAUACUUGUGUGACUGCCUUCCUGGGUGGACGGGGUCGAACUGUGACAUCAGGAACAGCAGCUGUCAGGGUUUGUGUUUGAACGGCGGACGUUGUGAGGACCAGGUGUCAGGGUCCAGAUGUUUGUGUCCACCUGGUUUCUCGGGGAAAUAUUGCCAAAAUGGCCCGAGUCCCUGUGACAGCGCCCCCUGUCUGCACGGAGGACAGUGUGUGGAGAAGGAUGGGAGGACAGCAUCCUGCAUCUGUCCCGUGGGAUAUUCAGGAAUCUUCUGUGAGGUAGCGUUGGAUCCAUGUAAUCCCAACCCCUGCCAGCAGGGGGUACAGUGUCACAGCAUAGAGGGCAGGUACAUGUGUGCCUGUCCUGAUGGUUACUAUGGUAACGAGUGCAUGAGCCUCAAAAAUCCCUGCAUUGGUCAACACUGUCCAGGUGCCAUGUCGGACACGACGCACGGCGGCCUCAGCUUCUACAUGAUCCUGGUUGGGGUCUUGGCUUUAGUGACGGUCUGUGGUUGUGCCGCCUGCGCCUUCAUCCUCUCCCACCUCCAUCGUAAGCGGAAAAAGCAGCAGGCCGUGCCGCAGGAGGAGGGCAUCAACAACCAGAGGGACUUUGUCAACCUCAUCAGAAACGUAGACCGUCCUGUGCCCCUCCUGCCCCCGGCCACCCCUCUCAGCCACCCUCCCGCCCCUGCACCCGUCUCACGUUGCUACGAGGAGAUCGAGCUGACCCUGCCGCCCUCCCCGGCCCCAUCCCACCCCUCUCCAGCGCUGAAGCCUGCCCACGCCCCCAAACUGGACAUUUCAAACCGGGAGAGGGAGAAGCUGAACCGCUUCCACUACACAGACAACCAGGAGCUGGAGGUCUGACCCUGUCCUGAACUGCUGGGCCUCUGAGGAGCUUCGCUGGUUUUAUUUUGCGUCCUUAGCACUCUUUUGCUCACAGGACCUCGUCUCCAGUGAUGCAGUUAUGAAAAUAGGCUGACCCUUUGACCUUUAUAUGCUCAGACGGCUAUUGGCAGACACCUGAGAAGCAAAGGCUGCUAAGUAAAGGGGUCAAAAGUCUUACUGUGUUGCCGUCUAUGAGAGGCAGCAGGUGCGUGAUGUUUGACUGAAAGACUUCAUCUGGAGACUCAAAGACUUGCCUUGGAGUGCCUGUUGAGAGUAAGCAGAGCAUUGUCCUCUGUAACAGUCUCUUGACAUGUUUCCAGGUCCGUGACACCAUCUGACUGGUGUUCAGACCUCCAUUUCAGUUUCAGACUGAACUCUAGCUGAGAGGUCAGUGAAUGGAUGCCUAUUUAACACUUGGUGUGUUUCUGUGUCUGGUUGUGUGUUUGUGUGCGUGUAAGAGAAUGAGAGAAUGUAUAUUAUGAGUGUAUGCUUGGAAAAAAAAGGAUCGACAGAAGCAUUUUACUUCAAGAAGUUGAUAUACUUCAACAGAAAAACAAAAAAAACGAGUGCAUACUCCUGAACCAAAGGCUUUCAAGCCUUCUGUUUUAAAACUAUACACUGUUGCCUGUAUUGUCUGUGUAAUACUGCAGUUUGUCAAAGAUGUAUGAUUUUUUCAUACCUGCGUGUAAAAUAGCUUUUUUUGUACAUAAAUAUAUUGUACAUAUUGAUGCCCUUUUGUACUGUGGUUCGGUCUGGAAGUAUCACUGUAUUACUUUGCUCUGUUUGUCCCAUUUCACUUUCCAUUUGGAGCAACCUGCACAUGUGGAUUGUAAUAAAAGUGCAUUUAACAACUUUA